CUUUUUAGAUAGUAAUAUUGUGAUGAAGAACAAUGAAAAUAUUUUUUUUAAUCAUACUGACUUUGAUCAAUGUUUUUUUAUGUGACGAACGUUUUUAUAGAGAAGAACUUGGUUAUGCAGACCGGUUGCGAUUUACUAGUGGACUUUAUCGUUUGUAUAACUGCACAGUUAUUAACAAAAGAUUGGUAUCAAAUCUAAAGAUUGGUAUUUAUACUCAUGAAACUAAUGAAAAUAAAGUUUCUAUAGAUUUUGCUAUAAAUGACACUUCUGUUUACUCAUUAUCCACUGUAAAAAUAGAAGAUUUCUACUUUGCUUUUGUGAAUGUUCAUGAUGUUGUUCAUGAAAAUAACAGAGUUAUUGAACUCAUAGCACUUGAUAGCAAUACAGGCAAUUUAAUUGAUAAAACACUUUUAUAUGUCUAUGUAAAAGAAGACCAUUAUUUACCUCCAGAAUUUGACAGUGAUUCAAAAACUAUAACUCUAUAUGAUGAUUUAUUUCUUGGCAGUGUCAUUGGAAAAGUUAAAUUAAAAAAAAAAUUUUCUGAUGUUAUAUUUUAUGUUGAUGAGAAAAAUUUAGCUUUAAUGAAUGAAUUUAGAGUUUCAGUUGAUGGGAGAAUUUUUUUAACAAAAAACUUAAAUGCAGCAUUAAAAAAUUAUUUUGAAUUUUAUAUUAAUGCACGUUUUGUAGACUCGAACUUAUAUAGUUCAAUCAAAAUAAGUAUUUAUGUUAAGCCAGGUUCGAAACCCUCAGCUGACAAAAUAUUUAAAAAUGUCUUACCUAUACAACCAUUAGGGAUUAAUAGUUAUACUUCUCAUUUGAUUAAAAGAGAUUAUAAUUUUUCAAUAAGUGAACUAGCACCAAAAUUAACAAUAAUUGGUUGUUUAGAUAUAAAAAUACCAAAUGUAAAUUUUUUAAUUGCAGAUGGUGAUGCUGCAGGAAUAUUUCAAAUAGAUUUCCAAACAGGAGUAUUAUUUAUUCAAGAUUCACAAUAUUUAGAUUAUGAAAAAGUCAAGUUAUACAAGUUUAGUGUUACAGGUUUUAUAAAAAACGAAAUUCGCGUGCUUGAAGCCCAAGUUACAAUUUAUGUUGUUGAUGAAAAUGAUCAUGAGCCUGAAUUUAAUGAGAAUCGAUAUGUUGUAUCUGUUACAGAAAACACUCCUGCAUUUACUUCUAUCUUGAAAGUUACAGCUUCUGAUAAAGAUGCAGGAAACAAUGGUAGGGUGAGCUAUGUAAUAUCAAAUGAAAUCAGGAUUCCAUUUGUUAUUGAUGAUAGUGGUGUAAUAAUGUUAACGGAGAUAGCAUUAUUUCCACAAUUAAGAUCAAAGUAUUAUGUUUAUGUGGUAGCAUUUGAUUGGGGAAUACCAUUUAAAAAAGAGAAAGAAAUUACUGUAGAGGUAAAUAUUCUAUCUGCAAAUUCUCAUUCCCCUGUAUUAAGGCAGCAAGCAUGCAAUUUUGUACUUUCUGAUGCUUCAUCUUCAUUGUUUACAUUUUCUGCUAUUGAUCAAGACUUUAAUGAUAAUAUUCAGUAUAAGAUAGACACUAUUCAUCCCGGUUUUACAAUUAACCACACUAGUGGAGUUCUUUCUUAUGUUCCACAACCUGGUCAUAUAGAAACUUUGAUAAAUGUAUCAGCAUAUGAUGGGAAACAUGAGUCAAAAAUAACUGUGCUCAACAUAAAAUUUAGUAGUUUAGAAGGUGAAAAGGUUUGUGUAGAAAACAAUGAUUUUUUUGUAAUAAAAGAACUAGUUUCUAAAAUUAAUGUCCCACUUCCUGAACAUGAAAAAUUUUCAUCCACUAAAUCUAAAUUUCGGUCUGAACUUUUGUUCAAAGAAUCCCCAAAUCCUGUUGUAAAUGUUUUAGAAGAUACAUCUGUCAACUCUAGAAUUGGUCACUACAGUACUAACAUAGAAUGUUGUUCAAUAGUAUUAUAUUCUAUAGAAUCUGGAAAUAUAGGGUUUAAUUUUCAAAUAGACCCUUUUAAUGGUUCUUUAUAUAUUUUUAGACCACUUGAUCGUGAACUUGUUGCUAGUUACAAACUCCUAAUCAAAGCUUCUGAUAUUGAAGGUAAUUUUGUUAUGAGUUUGUUAACAGUGAAUGUUCUUGAUGUCAAUGAUAAUGUUCCUGCUUUCACAAAUAAUGGUUCAUAUACAGUAUAUGUGCAUCAAGAUUGGCAAAUAGGAAGAAAAAUUUUUACAGUAGAAGCAGUAGAUCUUGACUCCAAUGUUGACAUAGAGUAUUCGUUAGUCAAUCCAUCACAAAAUUUUAAAAUUGAUUCCAAAACUGGUGAAAUAUAUUUAUUAUCAUCAUUAUCAGAUGAAUUUUAUAUUGAAUACUUUAUUCAAGUACAAGCUACAGAAAGAUCAAUAAUGCAAGACAGCCAAGGGUUUGCUCUUGUUCAUAUUAUUGUUUCUGAGUUGAUUAACACUCCUCCUGUUUGUUUGACUAAUGAUCAGCAAAUUUCAGUUUCAGUAGAUUCUCCAAUCGGUAUUAUUGUUGGUAGAAUUCUUGGUUUUGAUCAAGAUCAAGGAGAAAAUGGCGAAUUAACCUAUAGUAUAGAAAGUACUAAACAACAAAAUCAAUUUGGUGAAUAUAUGGAUUCUAAUAUUUUUAGCAAUUACUUUUUGAUAGAUAAAAGUUCAGGUUUAAUUCAAGUUAUAAAAAAACUUCCUUCUACCUUUGAGAAAUUUAGAAUUAAUGCUGUGUUAGAGGAUGGUGGAAAGCCAAGAUUGAAAACCACAUGUAAUAUGUAUGCAACUAUUAGUGAAGGAUUUGGUAACAUUAAGCCUAUUUUUACUCAUUCUGAUUUACCAUUAAUUGUAACAGUAGCUGAAGGUAUCCCUGUAGCCUCUAUUGUUUUAGAAGUUUUUGCCAAAAUUCCUGGUCGCCAAAUAGGAGAUGGCAUUAAGUAUUUUAUCAUUGAUGGGAAUGGUAUUUUAGAUUUUAUCAUAAAAAAUGAACACUCAGGUAAAAUAUCCAAUAAGAAUAGCUUUUUUUCUAGGAAAACUUAUUGGUUAACUGUGCAAGCUCAAUUAGAAAGUAACCCAUCUGUUUUUACAAACUCUCAUAUUCUAAUAAAGGUAAAGUCAAUAAAAUUUGAACGGCCUUAUAUUUACCCAAGUGUACAGUUUAUAACUGUUACUGAAACUAUAAAAACUGGAAGCAAAAUUAUUCAACUACAAACCCUUCCAUUAAGUGUAAAUUUGUAUAAUGAAAGCUAUUUUUAUACAUUUCAAAGUGGAAACCAAGAUCAACUUUUCAAAAUUGAUGAGAAUGGUAUAUUAUUUGUGCAUCAGCAGUUAAUAGCUGGUCACUAUGACCUUAAUAUAACAGUUACCUCAGUUUCUAGCAAAUAUUUUUCAUAUGGAAAUGUCCAUGUUAUUGUGGAGCAUGGGGUUUCAGAACCAGAUUUUACCCUAGAUUCUAUGGCUAAUAUACAGUUAUUUGAAACCAAAGGUUCUCUUCAACCACCAUAUUUAUUUCAAGUUCUUGCUGAGAAUAAACUACAGGAUGAUUUCCUUGUAUUUAAAAAUAUGGCUACAAAUUCAAUCUUUAAUGUAAACCCAGUAAAUGGAGUGGUAACAAUGAACAAUACAUUAAUAAUAGGCCAAGAAUAUUUUUUAAACAUUGUUGCAAAACAUAGCAAAAAUCAAAUGGUUGGUGAAAGUUUUAUUGGAAUAACAAUAAUUGAAAGACCAAGUGUUGCAACAUCUUUAUCUUUCAAGAAGAAAAGCUAUAAUAUUUCGAUAGAUGAAAACAAGAAAGGAGAACUGUUUGAAUUUGAAAAGGAGAUAGAUAAAACAACAUUUGGACCUGUCUUUUUUUACAUUCUGUCUGGAAACGAUAAGCAAAAGUUUUAUUUCCCUUUAAGAUUUAUUUCAAAGUUAUAUGUGAUUAAUCCUCUUGACUACGAGCAACAACAGCAACACAAACUACGAAUUCUUGCUUUCGAUGGGAAAUCUUUUGCAGAAACUGAGUUCAAUAUAGUUGUUAAUAAUUUAAAUGACAAUCCUCCGUCAGCCUCACAAUCUUGUUAUGAUGCAAGUGUAAAAGAAGGCUUCAGACAUUUAAAAGAGAGCAUUCUAUCUGUCAAAGUAAUAGAUCCAGACAAUCUUAAUCCAGAUUUUAAAUAUCAAACAAUAAACAAUUUUGAUGAUUCAUUUCCAUUCACAGUUGGUGAGAAUGAUGGUUCAAUCAUUGUUCAACCAAUAGAAUUAGAUAGAGAAUUAAAAUCAGAGUUUUUAAUGACUGUUGUUGCAAGCAAUGCAGUUGAACAAACUGCAUUUUGUGUGCAAAUAUCCUUAGAAGACAUAAAUGAUAACAAACCUUUAUUUACAAGUGAAGUUUAUGAAUUGACUAUUGUUAAUACUACACCUGUUCAUAGUACUGUUAUGGUUGUUUAUGCUGUUGAUAAAGAUAUAGGUUUAAAUGGUAAAGUGUCGUACAGUUUCGAAGAAAAUAAUGAUUAUUUUGAUGUGGAUACAACAUAUGGGUUUAUUUAUGUAAAAUCAAAGUUAAAUUUACUGACUGGAAAGACAAUUAGUUUAAAAUUGAUUGGGAAAGAUCACGGUAUUCCAGAACUUGUUGGUAAUGCUUAUGUUAAGAUAACAAUCGUAGCAGAUCCUAACAACAUUUGGUUUAAAAUUAGCAACUUAACUGGUUCUGUAAGUGAAAACGUUGCACCUGGAACUAUGCUUACUGAUAGUAUUCGAGUAGAAUCAACUGCUGUUAGUUAUGAAAUUGCUGAAAAUGAUGAUAAGUGUUACAAUUUAUUUUGGGUCGAGCCUUUUACAGGAACUAUUUUCAUCAAGUCAGAUAUUGAUUCAGAAAAAAUAACACAAUGUGUUUUUGUUAUAAAUGGGGCACUAAAUCAAAAUAUUGUAACUACAAUGAACAUACAUGUCAACAUUCUUGAUCGUAAUGAUAAUAUACCAUUUGUAAAGGAGAAAUCUUAUACUGGAAAUGUAUCUGAAAGCUUAAGCAGUAAUUCAAAUGUUCUUGAUAAAGAUGGUAAUUCUUUGAUUGUAAGUGCCACAGAUGAAGAUCAAGGUAUAAACGGAAUGUUGCGUUAUUCAAUUAUUGGUAAUAUCGGAAAAAUUUAUUUUACCAUAGAUGAAAUAUCUGGUGAGAUUAGAACAAACAAGGUUUUAGAUUAUGAGCUACAUCCGAAGCAUUUCUCUUUUUACGUAAAAGUCAGUGAUCAAGGAACUCCUCAACAUUCAGUUAUUGUUCCUGUCAGCAUUUACCUUAUGGACAUCAAUGAUAAAAUACCUUUCUUCAAAAGACGUUAUACCUUUACCUUGAAUCUUCCAGCAUACACAGGAAUGACUGUUGGCCAAGUUGAAGCUUUUGAUGAAGAUACUGUACCAAACAUUCCUUUGCAGUACAGCUUGGAGUCUAAUUUGUUUAGUAUUAAUAAGUUUACAGGUGUAAUUAUUGUCAAAGAUGAAUCUUUUUUAACAAAUCAGGUUGUUAUGAGAAUAGAAGUUGAGGUCAGUGAUGGUACUUUUAAGGGUAAAACAAAUGUUGAAAUAGAGACAGUAUACUAUAAGCCAGACAAAACAUUCCAUUUUCUAGAUAAAGUUUAUAAAGUAAAUGUUCUGGAAAAUAUAAAGCCAUUCUCUGUUGUCAAAGUCAUCAAUCCUGUAGGAUAUAAUAGAACAGAAAAGUUGCACUACCGAAUUUUAAACACUGUUCCUGGAUUUGAUAUUAUUAAGAAUGUUGGUGUAAUUAUAACAGACAAUAGUUCAAUAUUUGAUUAUGAAAAUGUUUCAUUUUAUAUUCUUCACAUUGAAACUGCAUACAAUAAUAUCUAUGCUCGAACAUAUGUAAAUAUUACUAUAAUAGAUGUCAAUGACAAUACUCCAGUCUUUGAACAAAAGAAAUAUUUUCACCCCAUUGAUAUUGAAACAAAAAAAGGAACUGUUUUAUUAAAAGUUCAAGCAAAUGAUGCUGAUUCAGGAGAAAAUGGGAAAGUUAGAUACUCUAUGUUAACAAAAGAAGAAUAUUUUACUUGUGAUUCUAUAACUGGUGAAAUUUCACUAUUAAAAGGAUUUAUAAAGAGUCUUACUAAACCUGCAUAUUCAUUAUACAUUCAAGCAUCAGACAAUGGUACUAACAUUUUGACUUCGAAAGUUUUGGUUGAAAUUCCUGUGUUAAAUGAGGAUCAGCCCAAAUUUAUGAAAAUUUAUGAAGCAUCAAUAAAUGAAGACAUUACACAAGGUUCAACUAUAUUCACUGUUGUUGCAUUGGCCCCACAAAAUCGGCAAGUAUUUUAUCAGAUUUAUGCUGGUGAUGAGUUUGAAUUAUUUGAAAUUGGACUAACUACAGGAGAAUUAAAACUUGCUAGUAGUUUGGAUUAUGAGCAGACCAACUCUUACAAACUUCAAGUAAAAGCUAUUGAUAGUUUAAGUGGGUCAUGGGCACUGACUGACUGUGAAAUUACUUUAAAUGAUGUCAAUGACAAUCCACCUAUGUUUGAGAAGCCUUUUUACAAAGUUCUUAUUAAAGAAAAUGUAGCUCCAGGAACUACUGCAACAACUGUUAAAGCUAAGGACUCUGAUCAAGGUUUGAACAGCAUGAUAAGUUACUCAUUUGAAUCCAAUAAUGAGGUUUCUCACUUUUUUAUAAACUCAAGAACUGGGGAUAUUCUAACCACACAACUUUUAGAUGCUGAGACCAAAUCAGAGUACUUAUUGAAAGUUACUGCCGCUGAUCAUGGCAAACCUAGCAAGUCAACAUUUGUUACUGUUCAGAUUAAUCUUGCUGAUAUCAAUGACAACAAGCCAAUAUUUUAUGCAGCAAAAUAUAAUUUUUUUGUGGAGAAAUUUUUACAUUCAAAUCAGUUUAUUGGAAAAGUAACUGCUUCAGAUCCUGACAUAAACACAAAGUUAAGCUACGGCCUGUCAAAAACAUCUUCAUUUAUAAAGAUAGACUCUGUUACAGGAAUCCUAUAUCUAACAGGAAGUCCUUUACAAAUGACAACAAUUUUAUUGGAGGUUAUGGCUAGUGAUGGUGUGCAUGUUGCAUUUACAGAAGUUGUUAUAGAUUGCUAUGCAAGAAAUGAUUAUCGCCCACUAGUUUUAGAACAUAUUGAUGUUGCUGUUAUGGAAAAUACAAUGAAGAAUGUCAUUAUAGCAGAAAUUAAUCCCGUUGAUAGAGAUAAAGGUUUUUAUGGUAAAUUAUCAUAUCAAAUAGAUUCACAGUUAGCUGCAAAAUAUUUUACUAUUAAUGAGCUUGGUAGGAUUUAUAGUACUGAUUAUUCAUUGGAUUGUGAGCUUUUUCAAAAAAUACUUGUGCCUAUUCGUGUAACUGAUGGUGGAGGUUUGUUUUCUAUUAUUCAAGUAGUAGUUACAGUUGAAGAUCAAAAUGAUAAUGCUCCUAUAUUUGAAUACCCAUCUUAUCGAGCAACAGUUGUUACUUCUCAAAUGACUGAUGAAUCUUUGCUUAAAGUUGUUGCUUCAGAUCCAGAUAAGGGGUCGAAUUCGGAAUUGUUUUAUGUUGCUCAAGGUUUACGAGAAGGAAAUGUUCCAAUAUUUAUUAAUGGAUCUAAUGGUUUGAUCUCUUUAUCUGGUAUUCCUAAAGGGUUAAUGUACCAGUUUUCAGUUAGAGUCACUGACAAUGGAUAUCCUGUUCAAAAAUCUGAUACAAAAAUUUUUAUAUUUGUAAAAGGUUGGAAUGAAGAGGUCCUAAAGUUUGACAAAAAUGUUUACUAUGUUACUGUUUCAGAAAAUGUUCCAGUGAAAUCUCAUAUAAUAACUGUUAAUGCUUUGUUGCUAGGUGAUAAUGGGCGUUUAAUAUACACUAUAGUUGAUGGCAAUCUUCCAUAUACAAAUGUUUCACAAUUUUUCAAGAUUAAUCCAGUCACAGGUCAGGUAAAAAUAAAGAGCCAAUUAGAUUAUGAAAAUAUCAAAAGACAUAAAAUACUUGUUUUAGUUACAUCAUAUAAAGGUGAUGUUUCUACAUGCUAUAUUGAAGUGAAUGUUACUAAUGUAAAUGACAAUGCUCCAAAAUUUUACAGCAGUUCAUACAGUUUUAAAAUAGCUGAAGAUACUGAAAUCGGAGAAAGACUUUUGCAAGUCUCUGCCUUUGAUUUAGAUGAGUUAUAUGCAGAGUCUACUUUAGUUUAUUCAAUUGUCUCUGAAAAUAAAGAUUUUUUUCAAGUAGAUGAGAAUACUGGCUGGCUGAGUUUAAAAAAAAAACUUGAUCGUGAAGUUACAGGGUCUCAUGAAAUUUUGGUUGUUGCAACAGAUAUUGAUGGAAAGUUUGAUUCUACCAGAGUUCAAUUAUUACUUGUUGAUGUCAAUGAUUCUCCCCCUAUUUUUUUAAGUGCUUCUUAUUUUGUAACUGUUAAAGAAGAUGCUUUAGUUGGUCAAACAAUACUUAAGGUUAAAGCUGUUGAUCCUGAUAUUAAUCAAAAUCUACAGUAUUUUGUUUUAUCAAAUAAUUUUGAUGAUUUUACUGUUGAUCGUCAAUCUGGAAAUAUUAAUUUGCUACAACAAAUGACACAAGUUUCGUAUAAUUUUACAGUAGUUGCAUAUGAUGGAAUUCAUACAGGAGCAGCUAAUAUAUUUAUCACAGUUCAGGACUUUAAUAAUCAUGAUCCAGUUUGUCUUUUGACUUUUUAUGAAGCUGAUGUUGAAGAAAAUUCAGAUUUGAAAAAAAUUAUUUUACGUGUUGCAGCUGAAGACAAAGAUCCUUCUGAUGUGUUAAAAUAUCAGAUUCAUGGAGAUGGUAAUGGAAAAUUUUAUGUUAAUGAGAAGACAGGUGAUCUUAAAGCAUCUUCAUACUUAGAUUUUGAAGUUGAAACUAAGUAUAGAUUCAAAGUGGUUGUCAUUGAUCUUGCUGGCCAUACUUGCACUUCUGAUAUAUUUAUUAGAGUAAUUGACAUGAAUGAUAAUAGCCCUAUUUUUUUGCAACCUCUAUAUAAAGCCACUUUGCGUGAAAAUGCAACUUAUGGUGUUGUUGUAACACAGGUUAAAGCGUUUGAUAAAGAUUCAUUUAAAAAUGGUCAAAUUUCAUAUUCUCUGCUAAGCAACAUAAACAAUAUCUUUGCAGUUCAUUCUCAAGGUAUUAUUACUGUUAAUAAACCAUUAGAAAUACAACGAAGUGCUAGAUAUACGAUUACAGUUGUUGGAACUGAUCAGGGUACACCAAGUUGUUCUUCAAAUACAACACUUGAUAUCAUUGUGAUAUCAAGUAAUGAUUCACCUCCACAAUUUGAUCAAUUUGGAUAUUUAUUUAAUAUCAUAGAAAAUAAUAGUCCUGGAGUUAUAAUAGGAAAGAUUAAAGUUACUUCAACCACCAACUUUAAUAUGUAUGCAAUUGUUAUGGAAAUUAUUGAUCCAACAUUUGAAAAUUUAUUUUCCAUAGAAGAUAAUGGGGAUUUAAAGGUUUUAAAAGUGUUGGAUUAUGAGGUUCAAACACGCUAUGUCUUUAGCGUAAAAGCAUCAUACAAGAGCAUUCCACUCUCUUCGAUGGUUGUUGUAGAAGUUCUUGUUGAUGAUACUAAUGAUAACUUUCCACAGUUUAACCAAGCCGAAUAUUUUACUCAAAUUGAUGAGAAUAUAAGAUCAGGAACCUUUGUGACACAAGUAUUUGCACAGGAUAAUGAUGGCUCAAAGGAAAACUCAAAAAUAACAUACAAGAUUUUUAAUGAUUUGGAUGUACCAUUUUCUAUAGACUUUCAAGGCGUUAUUGUUGUUGAUGGAUCUAUUGAUAGAGAAAUUAAAGAUAAGUAUGAGUUUGAGGUAAUAGCAGUAGACAGUGGCACUGUGCAAAAAAGUUCCAAAGCAAAAGUCAAAAUAUCUGUAACAGAUCUAAAUGACAAUGCACCAAUUAUUAGUGAAUAUAACACUAGUAUAAUUCUUCAAGAAGGGAAACUUCCAGGUACUGAGAUAUUAAAGUUGUCUAUUACAGAUCCUGAUACAAAAAAAAAUGGACCUCCAUUUCACUGCUCUCUUUUUGGAGGGGACCAUAGUAUUUUUGAAAUUCAAACAGAUGAUAAUAACUGUGUGCUUCGUUCAAAAGUUUUUUUUACCGCAAAAGAAAAUCCGCAGCACCAAUUUGUAAUAAGAGUAACUGAUUCAGGUUUUCCAAAGCAAUAUAGUGAUUCAAAAGUUAAAAUUAUUGUUGUGAAGGAAAGCUAUAAUUCUCCUGUUAUACAAGAACCAAAGGUGUUUUUUGUAAUUGUAUCUAAGCCAUACGGUGUUACAUUGAUAGGUAAGGUGAGCAUAUUUGAUAAAGAUGAAAACGAUAUUCAUCAGUAUCGUUUAACUGGGGGUACAAUGUUAGAGUAUUUUUCUAUCCAACCUAUGACUGGUGUGAUUGAGGGUAGGCCUAAAAAAGGUAUUUACACAUUAUCAGUUGAAGUAACAGAUGGCAGAAAUUCAGAUGCAAGUUUGUUUCAAAUCAUUGUGAAUGAGCGAGAUCAUGAGGUAGAGAUACAAAGCAUAGUAAUAAGUAUUUUUGAAAUGGGUGUUCAAGAAUUCAUGUCCAAGAUGACACAAUUUAUAAAAAUUCUUUCAAAAAUAACUGCUACUAGUUUAAACAGUGUAUUUCUUUGGUCAAUACGAGCAGUUCAUAACAGUACUGGCUCAUUGCGCAAGAGAAAAGAUGUUGAAAAUACUGUUGAAGUUGCAGUUGCUGUAAAGUUAGAAGAUACUUUAAGUUAUAUGGACAUACAAUUGCUGAAGAAAUAUGUGGAAGAUAAUAAAGCAGACUUUAAAAAUAAUGACUUCAAUAUAUUGGUUUCUAAUACAGAAUGCACAUUAAAAUCUUGUGGUGAAAAUAUGAAGUGCUUAGUUAAAUUAAAUCCUAUUGAAAAUUUAUCCCCAUUUGUUCCUUCGGGAUAUAUGGAUUUUCGACGAACUGAAAAUUGCUAUUGUAAUGAUGGCACUGAAGGUUCAAUAUGCCAUUCUGUUAAUCCAUGUUCACGUAAUCCAUGCAAAGGUGGAGAGAAGUGUGUUGCAACAAAAAACUCAUAUUUUUGUGAGUGUGUUGAUUCCGAAAAAUGUGGACUGAGUGGUGAAAGUAUUACAUUGAAUGGAAACUCUUAUAUAGAGUAUAAGCUGUCUAAAUCAUUUGAUGAGUUGUUUCAUUCAUUAUCAUUGCACUUUCGAACUGAAUACAAGGAAGGCUACCUAAUAUAUGCUCAAGCUCCUGGAAAGGAUUAUUUUAUUGUCGAAGUUUAUGGAGGUUAUCUUCAAAUAAACUUUGAUUUUGGAAGUGGUCGUGGUAACUUGCAAAAUAAAAAAGUAAAAGUCAAUGAUGGGAAUUGGCAUUACAUAAGUAUCCAGCGUAACAACAACAAAAUAUCGAUGUACUUAGAUUUCAAUAAACAAAGUUUGCAGGCAAAAGCACCUGGUAAUAGUGCAAACAUUAAUAUUGAUGGAAGACCUCUGGUGCUUGGUGCAGGAUUUACUGAUUAUGGAAAUACAACAUUUUCUGGAUUCAUUGGAUGCAUAAAAGAACCAAAACUAAACAAAAUGCUUCUACCAUUCAAUGGGCGUACAGAAAUAGUUUCUCGAGUUGAUUUACAUAAUACUGAAAAUGGAUGCAAAGAUUCAGGAUUAUGUUCUGUAAAACAUUGUCCAAAAUUUAGUGACUGUGUUAACACUUUUUCAUCAUAUCGUUGUGUCUGUCUAACAGGUCAUCAUGGACUAUCAUGCAUAUCAAAUCUGACAUGUGAAGAUCGCCCUUGUAAAAAUGAUGGAAUUUGUACUUAUGAAUUAGUUAAUAACAUUGUUUCUUAUGUUUGUACUUGUAAGGAUGGAUUUACAGGAGGACAAUGUCACAUAGAACUUGGUGAAUGUGCUUUAGACCCUUGCAAAAAUAAUGGUGUUUGCUUGCCUCCCUCUUCAGAAUCAGGUUAUACUUGCAGUUGUAUAAAUGGUUUUUCAGGAAAGCAUUGUGAACUUAAUAAUAAUCCAUGUCUGUCAAGUCCUUGUUAUAAUGGGGGAGUUUGCCAAAAUAUUGGUAAUGAUUUUAAAUGUACUUGUCCUAGUGGAAAAAGCGGAAAGCAAUGCUCUGCAGGUCAGCAUUGUCUUAUUACAAAUUGUGAAAAUGGAGCAAGUUGUUAUGAAAAAAAUGAUAAUGCAUUUUGUCAGUGUAAAGAAGGAUUUUUUGGAAAUAGAUGCCAACAUGAUGUCAAUGAAUGUCUAAAAGAUGUUUGUCAUUCAAAGGGUGUGUGUGUAAAUACACCAGGUUCUUUUUACUGUACAGAUUCUUUGGCUCAAGUUCAUCAUGAAAAAAAACAGUUUUCUUUGAUUCUUGUUGUAUUUGGUGUGUGUGGAUUGUUGCUUUUUAUAAUUGUUGUAGCAGCUGUUGUAUUUUGUUGUAAAAGAAAUCAUAAUGGUUAUCAACCUACAAAUCAAGAUUUUGAAACUCGCAAAUAUGCACUUAACACAUAUCCUAUAGAAAGCUAUGAAUUGAACCCACCUAAUCCUCCACCACGAGGAAUUUCAGUACCACCUGGAUAUUAUGAUGAUCAGGCCUCAUCAAUGUUGUAUGAUUACUCAGUAGCUUUACCUGGUACAUCUAACGAAAAAAUUCCUUUUAAAAAUGGCUCUUCAAGAACUAGUGUAGAAUAUAAUUCAGAAGAAGAACUACACUGGGAUUAUUCAGGGGGUCUUGAAGCUGUCAUAAAAAGCAAAAUGGCACGUGAAGCAAAUAGUCUUGGAGUUACUGCAGGUGUCCCUUAUGGAAGUGACUUUGUUGAAUUACCUAAAUUACCAGUACGUCCUGCUAGCCGCCGUUCAUCGAUUCCUGGAUAUUCUGAGUCUGAAAAUGAUAUUCCUAAACUUCCAGAACUACCUCAGCAAAUAAGACUUUCACGCUUAUCUUUAAAGUCGUCAAAUCAUUCUCCCUCAUAUUUAAGAAGAACACCUGAUAGGGCACCACCUAUUGAAGAAAAUCGGUAUUCUUUGCUUUCUGAUGACACUGACGGCGAAAGUUAUUUGCAAGAUUUACUUGAAAACGAGACAAAUUUCUCAGACAUAACUAACGUAACACGACCUUACAUAAAACCCUUUCAAAGAGCUAAAAGUGAAGUUAGUGAUGUCAGCGAAGAUUUUGAUACAGUGACUUCAUUAAAUUCGAAUGACGAAGAUGAUGACGUUGAAGAGGUAGACCCUCUUGAUCCAGAUAAUACACGCAAACUUGAGCGAGAUAUAAAACGUUUGUUUAAAGAUAUACAAAAACGAACUGAAGACGACUAAAUGUUUUUUUUAUUGUUAUUUAUAAUUUAUAUAAUAGUUUUUAAUCGUUCCUUUUUUUAAUUGUUCCUUUUUAUAUAUUGAUUUUUUAAUUUC